AUGGUGUUGGGCUUUUUGAUCCGGGGCUUUGAAGUCUGGCUCACGCUCCGACUUCUUCGAAGUCCAAUUUUCCAUCGGAUGGUUGGCCGAGUCCACGAGAAAGUUCAACACAUCAGACAUGGAGUGCCUCCUCCCCCGAAGCAGGAACUGGGAGGGUCACACCACGAAGCAGAUGGUUUUGAUUUGAAAAAAUUCUUCGGUCACUUCAAGGAAGAAUUCAAGGACCAGAUGAAGGGAAAGACCAAAUGA